GCCCUCGGCCUGCUUCGCUCUCUGUCUUGCGCGUCCUUCUAGCCUUACCGCGGAGCAGGGCUAGCACAAAGCGUGCGGACCUGCGUGGUAGAGACAGUUUCUGGUCCCAGUUCCGUCUUCCGUAGGGGGCGGCACCUGGCCUUUGAGGCCCACCUACGUUUGAGACUCCGCUGGGCGUGGCUGGAGGAGGCGUUGGGGGAGAUUUUUGGGCGUGAUGUAGAGUAGUGGGUUCGCUGGAGGGCGGAGUAUUCUGGAGCAGGAAUAUCGUAUGUCCAGCUGGUGCCGGAGGCCAGACGGGACCUCCAGGUUGGGCUGCCCCAGCACACCAAUCAGAGGACCACCCGGGCCACCACCAGCCCAAAAAAGGCCCUAAGGGAUAGCUGCAGUGAAGCUGCUGCUGGAAUGAUGCCCAUGACUAAUGGAUCUCAAUCACUGAGAGAUCUGGAGGCAGCAGGAUCCGCUUCCACAUUCCUCACGAAUAAUCUCGAGACUUAGGAGCCUAGGAUUCGAUAUUUUUUAGGUUUAAAUUUGCUUGUUACUGAUCAUAACUUUAUUUCACCGGGUGAGCAGUAAACACUAUGUCAGGUUGGGAGUCUUAUUACAAAAACGAAGGCGAUGAAGAAGAAGAAGAAGAAGAGGGCCUUGAAGCAGGUGGAGAAUAUACAUAUUCAGGAAGAGAUAGUUUGAUUUUUUUGGUUGAUGGUUCUAAGGCCAUGUUUGAAUCUCACAGUGAAGUUGAACAGACUCCUUUUGACAUGAGCAUCCAGUGUAUCCAGAGUGUGUAUACCAAUAAGAUCAUAAGCAGUAAUCAAGAUCUCUUGGCGGUGGUGUUCUAUGGUACUGAGAAAGAAAAAAAUUCAGUGAAUUUCAAAAAUAUUUACGUCUUACAGGAGUUGGAUAAUCCAGGUGCUAAGCGAGUGCUUGAGCUCGACCAGUUUAAGGGGGAGCAGGGGAAAAAACAUUUCCAAGAUCUCAUUGGCCAUGGAUCUGACUACUCACUAAGUGAAGUGCUGUGGGUCUGUGCCAACCUCUUUAGCGAUGUCCAGGUCAAGAUGAGCCAUAAGAGGAUCAUGCUGUUCACCAAUGAAGAUGACCCCCAUGGCAAUGACAGUGCCAGAGCCAGCCGGGCCAGGACCAAAGCUGGGGAUCUCCGUGACACAGGUAUCUUCCUGGACUUGAUGCACCUGAAGAAACGUGGGGGCUUUGACAUAUCCUUGUUCUACCGAGAUAUCAUCAGCAUAGCAGACGAUGAGGACCUAGGGGUUCACUUUGAAGAGUCGAGCAAGCUGGAAGACCUGUUGAGGAAGGUUCGAGCCAAGGAGACCAAGAAGCGCAUGCUCUCCAGCCUGAAGCUUAAACUCAGCAAAGAUAUAGCGCUCACUGUCGGCAUUUAUAAUCUGGUCCAGAAGGCUUACAGACCUCCUCCAGUGAGACUUUAUCGGGAAACCAAUGAACCAGUGAAAACAAAGACCCGGACAUUUAACGUGAACACAGGCAGUUUGCUUCUGCCUAGUGACACCAAGAGGUCUCAGAUCUAUGGGAAUCGUCAGAUUGUGCUAGAGAAAGAGGAAACAGAAGAGCUGAAACGGUUUGAUGAACCAGGUUUGAUUCUCAUCGGUUUCAAGCCCUUGAUAAUGCUGAAGAAGCACCAUUACCUGAGGCCCUCCCUAUUUGUGUACCCCGAGGAGUCCCUGGUAAAUGGGAGCUCAACUCUGUUCAGUGCUCUACUCACCAAGUGUCUGGAGAAGGAGGUCAUGGCGGUGUGCAGAUACACCCCCCGUCGGAACACCCCUCCUUAUUUUGUGGUCUUGUUGCCACAGGAAGAGGAGCUGGAUGACCAGAAAAUUCAGGUGACUCCCCCAGGCUUCCAGCUUGUCUUCUUACCCUAUGCCGACGAUAAACGGAAGGUGCCCUUUACUGAAAAAGUCAUGGCAAAUCCAGAGCAGAUAGACAAGAUGAAGGCCAUUGUUCAGAAGCUCCGUUUCAAUUACAGAAGUGAUGCCUUUGAGAACCCAGUGCUGCAGCAGCACUUCAGAAACCUGGAGGCCUUGGCUUUGGAUUUGAUGGAGCCUGAACAGGCAGUGGAUUUGACACUGCCUAAAACUAAAGCAAUAGAUAAGAGACUUGGCCCCCUGGUGGAUGAGUUUAAGGAGCUUGUCUACCCACCUGAUUAUAAUCCUGAAGAAAAAGUUUCCAAGAGGAAACAAGAUGAUGAAGGUUCUGGAAGCAAAAGACCCAAAGUGGAGUUAUCUGAAGAGGAGCUGAAGGCCCAUGUCAGCAAGGGCACGCUGGGUAAGCUCACUGUGCCCAUGCUGAAGGAAGUCUGCAAGGUGUAUGGGCUGAAGGGCGGGAUGAAGAAGCAGGAGCUGAUGAACAUGCUCACUGAGCACUUCCAGAAGAACUGACCAGAGACUGAACAGCUAGCCACCCUUCUGUACUAUUGCCAGGCUGCCUGGGUUGUUCUCAUCAAGUUAAAACCUGUUUCUUCUGGGCCAGGAAGAGUCUGUCUGAUAGAAGCCAGGAACUUUACAUUUAUGAGACUUUCUGUUGCCAUGGAGACAGCAUAGCCCUCCCACUUUGCUGGGCUUUACUGUCUGAAUAAAGAGCUCUAACUUUGUACUAUA